GUUAUCGGGACAGAAUUAUUUCAAACAAUUUAAAUUAUAAUACAAUACAGCGAAAAACCAACGACUUUCUGUUUAUAAAAUUGUUGUUGCUUUAAAUACUUAACCUUAUAGUGUUUAAUAAAAUAUUGACAUGGCUGAAUCACUGUUUGAUAUAUUUGGAGAUCAUAUCACAAGGCAAACGAAGAAAAACUUACUUCGCCAACCCCUUUCUAACAACGAGAACAUCGGUAAAACCGUUUCAAAUGGACCAUACAAACCUAACGAACCAGUCAAAAAAGUUGGAGAAACCAAAAAGUCAUUUUUAUUGAAUUCCGGUAAAGCUGUUCAAAGCACCCCAGUAAGGAAGCCGUUAUCACCAAAAUCUGUAAACGUCGGAGCAAUGAUCUAUACGGAUGAUAACAAUGAAAGUGGAAUAGACUUUUCGUAUGAAGAAAUAGAGUUCACUAAGCCUUCAUAUAACUAUGAUAAUUUCCAUAAGGAUAUGUUUGACUAUCUACCGUUACCCAAUGUGGAGGUAGUGCAUCAUAUGUCCCCACCUUCUACCCCACCACCAAAUAUGAGAAGAUAUUCUAUGGAAUUGGACUGCUCAUAUCAGGAUGAGUUCUUUACAGAUGACUUCUCAUGUGGCAGUAUCCCUGAUAACGAUGACCUUGGUUUACCAGAGCUCUACUAGUGUAUUAAUAAUUUCUCUAUGAAACAACAGGACAAGCAUCCAAAUUUUCUUUGAAAAACUCCAUAAGAUGCAUCAGAUAUCUUCAUAUAUUUUAAAGACAUUGAAUUCCGCCUAAUAAUGGUUUGUAGUGAAGUAAAAUUUGAUUUAUGUAAAAUUGUACAAUUAGUAAACUAAGGUUUUCUUUUCCUAAUAUAUUUUUUGCAUGUA